UUUGUAUCUGCUGUAGAGCGGAUUCAACCGCCAAGUAAGUUACGCUCUGCUGUGGUUAGCCCAGGAAGUUACAGAGCAGUUAUUUUCCUUUCCCCCCCCCACAAACAGACAACUGGAUUUAAUCGGAUAGAGAUACACGCAUGAUGUCAGAGUCAUAAGAUGUAGUGAGGGGACUUGGUGUCUUUUUUUCUCCUUCUCUCUUAAAGGGAAUCUGUUAAUCUUGUGAAACACUGUUAUUGCUGUGGAGCUAACACAGUCAAGCCUCAUGUUUUCGUCAAGCCAGGAGGAGCACUGCGCCCCGUCCAAAGACCCGGUGAAGUACGGGGAGUUGGUGGUGCUGGGGUACAAUGGCUCUCUGCCCAAUGGAGAUCGGGGUAGACGGAAAAGCAGAUUUGCGCUUUUGAAGAGGACCAAAGCCAACGGUGUUAAGCCAAGCACCGUGCACAUCCUCAACACACCCCAGGAUAGCAAGGCUGUGAACUGUAAAGGCCAACACAGCAUCUCCUACACGCUAUCCAGGCACCAGACGGUGGUGGUGGAGUACAGCCAUGAUAAAGACACAGACAUGUUUCAGAUUGGCCGUUCCACGGAAAAUCCCAUAGAUUUUGUGGUUACCGACACCGUAGCAGGAGGCCAGGAUGGAGAGGAGACUCAGAUCACCCAGAGCACCAUCUCUCGCUUCGCCUGCAGAGUCGUCUGCGAGCGCAACCCCCCCUACACCGCUCGCAUCUAUGCAGCUGGAUUUGACUCCUCCAAAAACAUCUUCCUAGGGGAAAAAGCAGCAAAGUGGAAGAACCCUGAUGGUCACAUGGAUGGGUUGACGACCAAUGGGGUGCUUGUAAUGCACCCUAAAGGAGGCUUCAUGGAAGAGUCCAAGCCCGGCGUCUGGAGAGAGAUUUCCGUUUGCGGAGAUGUCUACACUCUGAGAGAGACCCGCUCAGCGCAGACCCCAGGAAAACUGGUGGAGAAUGAGAGUAACGUGCUGCAGGACGGCUCUCUGGUGGACCUGUGUGGGGCCACUCUGCUGUGGCGCACCGCAGAGGGUCUCUUUCACACUCCCACCCAGAAGCACCUGGAGGCCCUGAGGCAGGAGAUCAACGCGGCACGGCCCCAGUGCCCCGUGGGUCUCAACACGCUCGCCUUCCCCAGCAUGCAGCGCAGUCGGGCCCUCUCCUCUCUGGAGGACAAGCAGCCGUGGGUCUACCUGGCGUGCGGGCACGUGCACGGCUACCACAACUGGGGCCACCGCUCCGAGCGGGAGCCCAACACCCAGCGGGAAUGCCCCAUGUGCCGGGUGGUGGGACCCUACGUCCCGCUGUGGCUGGGCUGCGAGCCCGCCUUCUACGUGGACACGGGCGCGCCCACUCACGCCUUUGUGCCGUGUGGACACGUGUGCUCGGAGAAGUCGGUCAAGUACUGGUCAGAGAUCCCUCUGCCCCACGGCACCCACGCGUUCCACGCCGCCUGCCCCUUCUGUGCCACGCAGCUCGGCCCCUCUCAGGGCUGGUCCAAGCUGAUCUUCCAGGGCCCGGUGGACUGAUCCGAGGAUCCCUGCUGCCGGAACGUUCUGGGAAACCGAUCAGAUAAAAACCAUGCUUCAUUUGUGCAAACCAGCCUUGAAAUGGAAUGAGUUUGGUUGAGUUUUGGCUGUUUACGUGGAUCCCGUUCAACAGGGAGCCAUUACAAUUGUUUAGGAGCUUUUCGGAUGGAGUGAGAGAGUGCUCUGUCCAGACAACCAGUUGUUUUAUCCAAGGCUUCAUUGUCAGGGUGUUUCGCCACAUCAUCAGAUUACUCUUAAACAAAUGACUUAUUUCUCCCACCAGGUGUCUUUGGGUCUGUUGGGAAAGGAAACAGUUGUUUAGUUUCUGAUGGGAUGGAGCUUUCACAGAGCCAGACAGCUGGACUGUUGGCUGGGAGAAAAGCCAGGAGGAACUUUGGGUUUAAUGGCUAAAUAGCCAAAAAUAAAUAAAUAAAAAAUGCCUCCAAUCGGUCCUCUUGGCUGUAAACUCUUAAUGGCAUCCAAAUCACAUAACUCGCUAGAAGUGGCUUCCAUUCACCGAACAAACUUUGAGUUGUACAGAGAUGAAAUCCAGUGCCUGAGAUCCUGAUUUAAAAAAAAAGUGGGAAUAUUUUUAUUAGAAAUUGAAAAUAUAUAUAUUUUGUGGAAGGUAAAGAAAGAGAUGACAACCCACAUGUGCUUUACUACACUUAGGUUGUUGGAAUGUUUUGUAACCCAAAUGUUAAUAUAUUUUUCUCCUUCAUAUAUAAUGUGUGUGAGAAUGAAUGCAUGUAUGAUGGUGUGUGUGUGUGGGUUGGAUUGUGUGGCCCUGCAUCAUUUCACCCCGACCGCUUCUUAUGAUCUCACAUGCCAACCCAAACUGCUAGCAGAGAUGUCGCAGGAAUUAAAAGAAGGUCACCGGGUUUCAGAAUGAUGGUGUGGGAAUCCACCGAAUCCUUUCUGCUGGUGCUCUAAUUAUAUGACCUGCUUUCUCAGUUAAUGUCAGGCCCGCUCACAGUCAAAUGUGACAUUUUGGCUUUACAACUGACACCUACGUUGCUGAUCAGCUUUGCACUGCUGUUAGCUUUAUCCUGUACUGGGUCUGAUCCAAGGCUGUUAAACCCUGGCCAUGUUCUCAGUAGCAUCGUGAGAUUAUAAUGCAAGAUGGAACGGCCACCGUUUUAGUGAUCCAAAGUGUUUCUGUGAACCCAAACUCCUGCAAUGACUGACCACUGACAGGUCGGAAUUAUAGCAAAGUCUGUUCUGUACCUUAGCGCAGAGUUCCUACACGCUCCCAAAGACUGUGAAAGUGUCAAAUUAGCUUUUAAAGUGAAAAAGUAUGGAGCAAAAUGAGUAUGGAAAACCGUUGUAUCCAUGUUCCAUUUGCCAGACAAUGAGAAUACGAUUUUGUAAUGACUUGCUCUAAGAACGUGGAGUAAAUUUGAGAUGUAUGAAAGUAGUCGUAUGCCAUCACAACUCAUUUUAUUUUAAAUUUUUAGAGUUUACAAGCUGACUAUCUCCUAUUUUUAUUAGAUAAAAUAAUUUUUUUGCGAUAAGAACCAGCUGCUAACAUGACUGUUCUGAUUGCUAAGUUGACAUACUUAUCUAUUGUUUCAGACAAUCCAACUUUUAAUAUAUCAUGGUGUUUCAGUGAGAUGGUUUACUUGAAAAACCAACAAAAAUAUCAAAACCUCAUCAUCUCAGUAACAUUUUUUAUAACAUUAGAAAACUAGCACCCUUGUGAUCUUGUGGUAAGAAAUUAAUGAAAAACUUGCUGACCCAAAGUUAAUAUUUAUUUAUCUCAAGAUGUUGAGAUGAUAAAACAUCACUGUCAGAAACAAACUAGGUAUUUCAGUUUUAAUUUUGUUACACUAAUGCAACAAAACCAACUUGGGGUCUUGUUAUUUUAAAGUAAUGAGAAAUUAAUAAUGGUGUCACUACAAGUUUGAGAUAACAACUUGAGAUAACUCGUACUGUCAAAAUUGAUACUUACAGUUUCACUGCAAAAAAAGUUUGGAGUUGGUUGCAUCAGGAUCAGAUGUGUAAACCACAUAGAUAAAAGAUAUUUUGGGCUACUUAGAGUGAUUACGUGCAGCUUUUAGUUUGUAUUGCUGAUACUAAACCUCAAAUUGGAAAAAAAAAAAAAAAACAACAACUAGUAAAUCGCAUUAAACUUUUAGACCCAACUGUCUGACCUAAUCUGGAAAUUGAGACAUUUGAUAAUCUGACUCUUGAGUUUUAAAGUGGAAGAAUGUGUAGGAACCCUGUCUGUCUGGAAUAACAAUGUUAUCCUGCUUUAUGCCAAAUUUAGUAAAUGAUGUUGUGGUAAAGUCGUCCAGAACAAAGUAGCAGAGGAACUAAAACAGAAGAAUCUGGGAGAAAUGGCUUGAAAACACUGUUCCCAUAUGUGAAAAUCUCAUCAGUUCUGCUUGUAGUAGAGCAUUAAGAAGGUGGGAUGUUGACUGCAUUCAAGUAAACUUCCAGGCUGAAUCAUAAAGAAUAAAAUUAAUUCAGGUAUCGCUACAGGGGGAAAAAAUUCAAUGUUUAUUUUUUGUCAUUUGGGAUUUUCCACAGAGAAACAUCUAAACAUUCUUGUAAUUCUUUACAAAUACCAGCAGCAUUACUUCUACUUCAUACCACUAAGAACCUCUUGGUUUCUGCUUAUUUCAUGUAACUGCCACGCAAGGUGAUGCACUAAGCCUAGAACUGUACAGUAGCAUUCCCCCCUAACGGUUUGAAGCUCAAACACUGUGCCCAUUGCUUGAGACCGUAUUCUGUAACAGCUGCAGCGUAGCCGCCUCAAACAUUCCUCCUCGGUAAACAUGGGUGGGGCUUGCAGUUUCUCCCAAGGGCUCGUUCUAUGAAAUUUGUAUUUUUUAUUUCUAUUUUUUUCCUGCAGGAAUUCUGUACACAAGCCAUAGAACACACCGAAGCUCCUGAUGCCUCCUUUGCAAAGAAUAAAAAUAUUUUUUAAAUAACAAA